UAAGCCCAAAAACGAACGUGUACGUGAAGCAAGCCCGCACAAUUUGAUCCUAACAGCUGUCAAAGAUCAGUGUUUGUUGUUUUGUGGAAAUGUGUUCGAAGCGGUUGGAAAACAGAAAAUGAAGACAAACAAUAAAUCGCAUUUUCAUCAACCCAAAGGUGGUGCACCGGGUGGUCAACGAAAUAAAAAUAACCGUGGUCAAGGAAAACGAAAGGACUCCUUUUUCCGUGAAGUUUCCAAGGCGGAAACUAACACGUUUCAACAGCAUAGUAAGGGCAACCAGUCUGGUGGUGGUGGUCGACCAUCCGGUAAGCAUGGCCAAGGAGUGCACAAAACUGUAGCAUUCAAGCCAAAGCAUAAUAAUCGUGAUGGAAAGGAAGGCAAACGCCCGAUGAAUGGACACAAAAACAAAGGUCGACCCCAAAAUGGCAAGCAGCAGGAUCGGUACAAAAACCAACGCACAACCGCACCGGCAAAACAGACUGCAGCAACCGAAAUCCGGUACGAAAGCAAGCCGGAAAAGGUAAACUAUUGUCUGGCACCGGAACGUCUGGAAGCUCAAUCACGUGCGAUAAAACAUUUCGAGCGGCAAGAACGGGAGCAGGAGUUCGAACGCAAGAAGCAAGAUCGUCAGCAGAAGCACAAAAUGAUGACGCAGAAAACGCGCAAAGGACAGCCGGUAAUGCAGGGCCGGUUAGAGCUGCUGUACGAGAAGGUUAAAAAGGUGGUCGGUGUGCAGUGAACCAGAUUGUCGACACAAAUAACUACCACCGAUCAAUGCAUCCCUAUCGCUGAUUAUGCUAUCUGCUUCAUGUGUAUGCAGUGCGAAUAUUGAUGAAACCAUCCCAAAUUAAAGUUCACAUGUUCGCCAACAGUGAUCGUUCAAACGUUUGACAU